GGUGAGUUUGACAGGGCAGCAGAGGAAAUCCUUCUCAAGCCUUGUGAAUUGCGCGUUCUCUUUUCCUGCCACUCUCGGUGUGUAUUGUGUGCAAUAGAUCCUCAAAGUGGCGUCCGCGGACUCUCCCAAGUUCACUGAACGCAAUGCAGUGUAGUAUGUGACAAGAGGAUAGAGGUAAAUAGUGGCACUUGCUCGGAUAAACGAGUUCCCCAAAUUGAAGUGACGGAAGGAGGAUUUGCCCAUUGGAUACGUGUGUUCCUUUAUGAUAAAUGUAUAACAAAAUGAAUGGUUAUGCCCCAUUUAGGUCGAGUUCCGGAAGGAUGUGGGGAAUGUCUCAUUCACUCCCAUCAGGCAUGUCACAUUACGCUUAUCAGGACACGGAUUUCUCACUUAUGUACAACACCCGGAGAGGCGGAAUGAAUUUUCCAGCCAGCAGUACGUUCGGAGCCGUCGGACAUGCAUCCUCAUCUAGCACCAGUUCACUGAGUGGCGUCGCGGGCACCAAUCUCAUUAUCAAUUACUUACCUCAGGAUAUGUCUGAGCGAGAAUUGUACUCAUUGUUCUCCACGAUGGGCCCCAUUGAGAGUUGCAAAAUAAUGCGAGACAUGAAGACUGGAUAUAGCUACGGCUUCGGAUUUAUCAAUUACAGUUCGGAAGAGGCGGCUACCAGAGCAAUCAAAUGCCUCAAUGGUUUAACUGUGCGAAACAAGCGUUUGAAGGUUUCAUAUGCCAGACCAUCAGGUGAUGAUCUGAAAGAAACAAAUUUAUAUGUCACGAAUCUUCCACGCACCAUAACUGAAGAGAUGCUAGACGUAAUUUUCGGUAAAUACGGAACCAUUGUACAAAAGAACAUACUUAGGGAUAAAAUAACUGGACAACCUCGUGGUGUUGCAUUUGUACGAUUUAAUAAGCGGGAGGAGGCCCAAGAAGCAAUAUCUGCCCUGAAUAAUGUGAUUCCACAAGGUGGCAAUCAACCCCUGACGGUCCGGGUGGCUGAGGAGCACGGCAAGGCGAAGGGAUCACUCUACUUGCCAACAUAUAACUCCGUGAUGCACAGAGGAUUCGAUGGUUUGUACUGUAGGAAAAAAUCGUAUCCCUACCCUUAUUGAGAAGGAUUUCCUUACAUAGCUGUAAUAUUAUCUUUAUUUUCAUAUAAUAUAAAAAAAGAAAUGAAACGAAUUAUUGUUUGGUGAAGAGUUUUACUCUUAUAAAAAAAAACUGAUAGUGAUUGGUAUAAGUAUAAAAAAAAAAGAAAUAUUUAAGAGCAGAUUGUAUUUUAUUUUCUCAUGUGUAAAUAAGUAAUUUCUUAAAGAAUUCGUUUAGAAUGACAAUGUUUUUUUUUAGUUCAAUGUCUCACUGUGUGUGUAUAAAAUUAAUGAAUAUACUGUGUUUUAUUUUAUAAUAUUAUAUACACAAAAUGAAAUUAUAGGCUCGGCAAACGAAUUCAAAACGAUAUACACAGAUGAAAUCAUAACAAUUACUGAAAGGUUUAAGCAAAAAACAUUAAAAUUCAAAUUUAUAUAUAUAUAUA